AUGACAUUCUUUUGUGCUAACUGCGGUAAUUUGUUGGUCGUAGAGGAUGGCACGGAGUUGUACUUCAAGUGCAGUACAUGCCCAUACAAAUUCACGUUCAACAAAAAGAUCGUCUACGAGUCCGUGUUAAAGAAGAAACAACUAGACGCAGUUCUGGGAGAAGAACAAUGGAAAAACGCCCAAAAAACAGACAUCAACUGCGAGAAGUGCGGGUUUGGUCAGGCCUAUUUCAUGCAAAUCCAGAUCAGGUCGGCUGAUGAACCGAUGACUACCUUUUAUAAGUGUGCGAACUAUGACUGUGGAUUCCAAUGGAGAGACGGAUAG